AUGACAACUUAAAAUUAAUGGUCUGAAUUGAACCUAGAGCCAAUAAUUCAAAAAGUGAUUGCAAACGAGUUUAAAUUCUAGUACUUGAUGCCUGUUUAAAAAGCAGCUAUACCACACUUCAUAAAAAACUAUGAUGUAGCUGUAGAAGCCUAGACGGGAUCUGGUAAAACAUUAACAUUUUUGGUUCCAUUAUUUAACCAAUUCUCAAAAUAGAAGUACUCGGAUCAUUAACUAUUUGGUUUGGUAUUGUCACCUGCAAGAGAAUUGGCACAAUAGAUUUACGAUGUAGCAAAGAAUUUCUAAAAUGUGAACUAAGCCAAGAUUGCCUUUGCUAUAGGUGGAACUUCGAAUGAACACGAUGUCAAAUAUUUAAAUGAGAAGGGAUGCAAUAUACUCAUAGCAACACCUGGUAAGUUAAGACAGUUGUUGGAUAUGGCUGAUUUGUAAGUAAAUGUGAAAACUUUGGAAUACUUGAUCUUCGAUGAGGCAGAUAGACUAAUGAGUAACGAAUACUCGGAUGACAUUAGAUUCAUACUGUCCAAGUUACCUAAACAGAGAAGAACUGGCCUAUUUUCAGCAACAUUGUCAUCUGCUAAAAUCCAUGAUUUAAUGAAAUUGGGUUUAAGGAAUCCAGUAUAAGUUAAGGUAAAUGCUAAUGAGACUAUGCCAGCCAAAUUGAGAAACUAUUAUCAUAUCUUUGAAAAUAGAAUGGACAAGAUAUCUGGAUUAGUUGAUCUGAUUGAAAAGAAAUGUCAGAACAACAAGAGCAUUAUAUUCUUUAAUACUUGUUGUUCUGUUGUCUAUUACAGUAUCAUAUUUAAACAGCUAUUUCCUGAUUGCAAUUUUUUGAGUAUGAAUGGAUAGAUGGCUUAAAAGAAGAGACAAAAGAUAGUGGCUAAUUUCAAAUCUACAAAUAGUGUGAUAUUAUUCACAACUGAUGUUUUGGCAAGAGGACUUGAUUUUGACGAUGUUCCUUUGGUCAUCUAAUUUGAUCCACCUCAGGAUCCAAGUUUCUUUAUUCAUAGAUCAGGUAGAACAGCAAGACAGGGAAGAGAUGGGGAAGCUAUUCUAUUGCUCGAAUAACAUGAAAGAGGAUUCAUCUAAUUCUUAGGAAGAUCGAAUAUCGAAAUGAACUAAUUGGAGGAUGUUGCAUUUGAUUGUCAAUUUUAAUAGUUGAAGGAGAAAUGCUUAAAAAUAGUAACUACUGAUAGGGAUAUUAUAGAGAAAGGCAAGGCAGCGUUCAUUUCAUUCAUUCGAAGUUACAAGGAGCACAAAUUAUAGAUAUUGUUUCAAUUCAAUUAAUUGAAUAUAGGUAAAGUAGCUUGUUCAUUCUUCCUUUUAAGAAUUCCAAGAAUAAAAGAGAUAUUGAGUAAGAAAAUUGAGUUUGAAUAAAGUCAGAUUGAUCCAAACUCCAUACCUUUUUUAGAUAAGAAUCAAGAAAAGCAAUACUUAUAAAAAAGGGAAAAUAAGGAUAAGAAAUUGGAGGAAAAGAACAUACAAUAAUUGCCGAAACAAUAGGUGCCUAAGAAAUAAGAAAAAAACAUUAAGAACAUCAAAUCCAUUAGAAAGAAGGUUAAGCAAUAACAUGUAUAAGAGGAUGAUGAAGAAUUGAGAGCGGAGUAAAAUCUAGUCAGGAAAUUGAAGCAAGGCAAAAUCACACUUCAGCAAUUUAAGGACAGAAUGAAGGAUUUUGAUCCAGAAGAUUUAUAAGAUGCUGAUUAUGAUAAAGAUGAUUUGUGA